CACACACUGCAGCAGUAAACCACUUCCAUCCUGCCUGGUGUUUACCAGAAGCCUCCAGCUUCCACCCCCACCCCUACGCCAGCUGGAGGGGUGUCCCUCAUGACUUUGAGAUAUCUGUGUGUGACACGUAGGUGCAGGUUACUGACUGAUACCCCUGGAGAUGUGAGCUGCCUUCAAGGCUUGUGACUGGUUAGCAGGCGGGCGGGCUCUGGGCCGAUGGGCUACUCAUCUUCCAAAUCUCGCCAUUGGGUGUGGGGGACGUUACGUCCUAAAAUAGCCCGGCAGAGAAUAUAAGAGACGUCAGGGAGGCUGGGCUUUCAGGAGAACAGAUCUGCAAGCAGGAGCUGCUCUGAAAAGAACCAACCGGCCUUUUUUCUUUGACCCUUAAGGGAAGCCCAGCUAUCUAGAAGACACUACAAGAUUUGAAGAUCAAGAUGAAAUACUACGAAUGCCCUGUUUCCCAGUCUGUGGGAAUGACCAGGUACACCCAGAAGUGUGGCGUUCCACUCUCCUGCAAGGGGGCGGCCUCCUUGAAGCCAGCCCGGAGCGUCCACUUCCCCAACGACAUCGUUUUCCAGGACUAUGUACGACAAGGUGAGCUGGAGAGGAUCGGACGCUUCAUCAGAGCUGGAAGAGUGAGCCUGGGCACCAUUUACCACUCGGGCAUGGCGGCCAUCCAUGAGGCUGUGCUGUCUGGAAACCUGGAGUGUGUGAAACUGCUGGUGCAUUAUGGGGCAGAUAUCCAUCAGAGGGACGAGGAGGGAUGGACCCCGCUGCACAUGGCCUGCAGUGAUGGCUUCCCACACAUUGCACGAUACCUGCUCUCUUUGGGCGCAGACCCCGAGCUGGAGAACGACUGCGGGGAGAAGCCAGCCGACCUCAUCGACCUGGACAACAGGGAGCUGCUGGAGCUCUUCGGGUUGGCAGCGAACGACUGAGAGCGCCCGGCAUCUGGGAUUUUUUACUCAUCUAAAAGCUGCUGCAAAGCUCUGCAGAAACAGGCGGGAAAGAAAGGUCUGUCGUGGACUCCGAUGUUCAGAGCUGCCUCGGCUCUCGUGGAGCUGCGAACGAGAGAAAGAAGGAGGUGACCUGACCUCCUCGAAGUUAACGAACGGAGCUGCAAGCUGAUUCUUAUCUGCUGAUUUUUUUAUACAUGUUUUUUUAAGCUGAAUUUGUUAGUACUUUUAACUAUUUUCAUAGAACAAGCUUGUGUUAAAAGCUUUAUUAAUACAUUUUUUACAGCUUUUAAACCUAUUUUUUCAUCAUUUUGAGUUUAUUGUAUCUUUUUAUACUUUGUUUAAAUAAACUGAAAAACUGUCUUA